CACGUGCUUCGAAACCAAAACGGGAGACCGACACUACCCUCUGAAGUUGGGAUAAUAAUUUGUGACAUCACUACUCCAGCCUCACUCGAUGAAAUGGCCAAACAGGCCGCCAUUGUCCUCAACUGUGUAGGACCAUACCGAUUUUAUGGAGAACCUGUAGUAAAAGCAUGUAUUGAAAAUGGAACUAGCUGCAUUGACAUCUCUGGAGAACCUCAGUUUCUGGAACUAAUGUAUUGGAAGUAUCAUCAGAAAGCUGCAGAAAAAGGGGUUUAUAUCAUUGGAAGCAGCGGCUUUGACUCCAUUCCAGCAGAUAUGGGAGUAAUAUAUACCAGCAAUAAAAUUAAUGGUACUUUGACUGCGGUGGAAAGUUUCCUGACUAUAAAUUCAGGACCUGAGGGGUUGUGCAUUCAUGAUGGUACCUGGAAGUCAGCAGUUUAUGGUUUUGGAAAUCAGAAUCAAUUGAAAAAACUACGAAAUCAGUCAAAUCUGAAACCUGUCCCAAUUGUUGGUGCAAAAUUAAAAAGAAGGUGGCCAGUCUCCUACUGCAGAGAACUCGGCAGUUACUCCAUUCCUUUCCUGGGAGCGGAUGUGUCUGUUGUGAAGCGAACUCAGCGUUACUUGCAUGAAAAUUUAGAUCAAUCACCUGUCCAGUAUGCGGCUUACGUCACUGUGGGAGGCAUCACCUCUGUUAUUAAGCUGAUGUUUGCAGGACUUUUCUUUUUAUUGUUUGUGAAGUUUGGCAUUGGAAGGCAGCUUCUCAUCAGAUUUCCAUGGCUCUUCUCCUUUGGUUAUUUUUCAAAACAAGGUCCAACACAAAAACAGAUUGAUGCCGCCUCAUUUACAAUGACAUUUUUUGGUCAAGGAUACAGCCACGGCUGUUCUGCUGAGAAUAACAAACCCAAUAUCAGAAUUUGUACUCAGGUGAAAGGACCAGAGGCUGGCUAUAUAGCUACCCCCAUAGCCAUGGUCCAGGCAGCCAUGACCCUUCUAAAUGAUGUCUCUAACCUUCCUAUCGUGGGCGGCGUCUUCACACCUGGAGCCGCUUUCGCCAAAACAAAGUUGAUUGACAGACUCAGCAGACGAGGCCUGGAAUUUAGUGUCAUUAGCAGCUCGGAAGUCUAAACAAUUGAAGAUUUUUCUGAAGUCAUAAAGCGCAUGAAUUAACAGCUUUUUUAUUUGAAAUUCUUCUGUGAGUCUGUCUGGCUCUAUGUGGAAAAGAUUACCAAAUCUAAAAUAUGUACACAUUAAAAGCAGGAAUUAUACUAGCUUACCCUAAAUUUCAAAUCUUACCUGAUUUUGUGAUUUUAUUGCUUGUGAGAGAGAACUAAUAUUUGACCUACUUUUUCAUUGAAGAAUUCAUGGUCAAUUUUUAUAUGUGAGCUGGCAGAUCAGAGGGUGGGAGUGUCUUAUCUGUGUUGCUAACAGAUCCCUUAAGGAGGCACCCAGGCUGGUCAAGGCCUCACUGCUGAUUUCCUUGCCAUGACAUUGAGUGGAUCUUACUUUCUAGUGAGUUUUUCUACCCGUGUGUGGGCCUUUGCCAAGUGAAGCUGUACUUUGUUACUUUAGCGUAGUUUUCACCCGUCUACACAGAUUGAUUUUGGACUUACCCAAGUUGCAUAAUAAAGGAUUGUCAAUUGAAUGGUG